AUGCCCGGUCUACUGCGGAAAUUGGUGAUCGUCGCCGCAGUUGACGGGCUGAUUCUGCACGCGCACGGCGUAAACGGACCCCGCCAUAACAAUGGCAGCAAUAACGAAGCCUCGUCUAUUCGCAUCGACUACAAAACUAACAAGAUAAAUGCCCUACCCCCUUGUUCCGCUGAAUCUCUGGAAGGUCAUGAGUAUCUAGAGGCGUAUGGACUUGUCGGAAUUCUAUCCGUUGCUUCUUACUCUUUCUUGGUUUCCAUAACUCAACGACAACAGGUCGCGCAAAUCCAGGGUCGACCUAUCUACGCCGUCUCAAAUGUCGCUAUUAUCCCCCUAGCCUCGCAGUCGGACGCGACGCGCGCAAUCACACAAGCUAGAAAGGAGGUCUCGCAGGACGAGCCUAAUUUUGAUUCGGACUCUGAUGAUGAUAUCCCCGAUAAUGUGGCUGAUGGUGCAGAUACUGAAAUCGGUAGUACGCCCAGUUCGCCGAGUCAGGCCGCGACCUUUCAUACUCGUGGUGCGAGUGUGAGUAGUAUCGCGGAAGAUGUCAUCGGAAAACGCGUGCCGUUUGGUCGGUUUGCGGCCAAUUGGAUUUCCAGGAAGAAUUUGGGAUUGCCGAGACCUGGAGCCCUGACGCAGGAUGUGCCUGAGUCGCCGUUUGAUGACCCGUUAGGCUUGUCUGCUGGUGAUGAUAAUGAUGCUGCUGCUGCAGAGGAGAAUAAGGGGUUGGAAAGUGGCGAUGAUUCUGCACUGGCAGAGGUCUCUGCUAGCCAGAAGAACAGUGGGAAUGUCAGUCCCAAGACUGAGGAUGAUACUCGUCCUGGAUCUAAUCAGGCGAUUGAGCUUUUGCCGAAGUUGCUAAAGUAUACGAAGUUGUUGUUUGCUUCGCAUAACUUCUUCUUUUCGUAUGAUUAUGAUCUGACGAGGUCUUUUGAUGCGCAAGAGGUGCGGACGGAACAUCUUCCUCUUCAUAAGGCUGUAGAUCCUGUGUAUUUCUGGAAUAAGCAUCUCAUGUUUAAUUUCAUUGAAAAUGGAGCUCAUGGUUUCGUUCUACCCCUUCUCCAAGGCUUUGUUGGUCAACGAGAGUUCACAGUCACGAGCCCAGAACCCAAAGAAAAGUCUGACUCUUCAGAAGAAGAGCCGGUUGAGGCAAAGAUUCUGGGCGAUAGCCAAGAAGCGACGUCCGUAGAGACUGAAGUUCCCAAGCGCAACUUCCUGUUGACACUCAUCUCGAGACGCUCUGUCAAUCGACCUGGUCUCCGUUACUUACGCCGCGGUGUAGAUGACGAGGGUAAUACAGCCAACACUGUGGAAACUGAGCAGAUUCUGUCGGGCCCUGAAUGGAAGCCAUCUGAGAAUGUCUACUCAUACCUGCAAGUGCGUGGCUCUAUUCCGCUGUACUUCUCGCAGUCGCCAUACGCCUUCAAGCCCAUCCCAGUGCUGCACCACUCUGCCGAGACUAAUCAGCUCGCUUUUGGACGACACUUCAGAGAGAUGAGUCGCAGGUAUGGUAAGAUCCAGGCUGUGUCCUUGAUUGAUAAACAUGCUGGAGAAUUGAAGCUUGGUGAGCAAUAUGAGAGAUACACUGAUGUGUUCAACAAGGCUGGUGGGAUCGAUGGCUCACCUCUACGCUUGGAAUGGUUUGAAUUCCAUAAUGAAUGCCGUGGAAUGAAGUUUGAGAAUGUCUCUCAUCUUGUUGACCGCGUGAAAGAGACACUGGAAGAGUUCGGGUACACUAGCGUUAAAGACGGCGCGGCAUCGCUGAAGCAGGCCGGUAUCGUGCGCACCAACUGUAUGGACUGUCUCGACCGGACUGGUGUUGCUCAAUGCGCUUUUGGACAAUGGGCGCUGGAGCGCCAGCUUCAAAAUGAAGGCAUCGCGAUUGAUCUUGGCGGCGACUCAUCGACUCAGUGGUUUAAUACUCUUUGGGCCGAUAACGGAGAUGCAAUCUCCAAGCAGUACUCGUCGACUGCAGCCCUGAAGGGUGACUACACCCGCACUCGCAAGCGAAAUUACCGAGGCGCGCUGAACGACUUUGGUCUUACUCUAUCGCGGUACUACAACAACAUCGUGAACGAUUACUUCUCCCAGGCCUGUAUCGACUACCUAUUGGGUAAUGUCUCGACGCAGGUCUUUGAUGAAUUCUCCGUGGAACUGCAGACCACUGAUCCGGGUAUCUCUGUGGGCAAGAUCCGUCAGAAUGCCAUUGAUACCAGCUGCAAAAUUGUCAUCAGCAGUCCCCGUGAAGAGUUCCUUGGCGGAUGGACCAUGUUAACUCCUCGUCAACCCAAUACACUACGAACCCUUCCAUUUGAAGAGUCCGUCCUCCUUCUCACAGAUGCCGCUGUGUACAGCUGUCGCUUCGACUGGGAAACCGAUAAGGUCCUCUCCUUCGAGCGCAUAGAUCUACGCUCAGUCUCCCGUAUCCACUACGGCACUUAUGUUACCUCGAUCUUAACAGAAAGCCAGUCGGAUGAGCGCACUAACGUGGGUCUCGUCAUCGUGUAUCGUGACGGAGAUGAAAACCUAUUACGUGUGAACACCCGUUCCUUGCAAAGUAAUGUUCGACCUGCUACUCUGGAAGCCACCGCCAGUUCUAGCAGAGAAUGGGAUCUCGUCUCCUGGCUGCGUGGAAGCAAGCGUGCGACGACCCGAUUCGUCGCUUUUAAAUCUCUACCUCUCAACAAUGCAGCAGCGAGUCCUCGUCUGGGGCCCACAACGGGUACUGUGCGUGAACUUGAUCGUGUUCGGUCGAUUUGUCUGGAUAUUGAACGAGCUAUGCUAGCGGGUGUUGGAGAAAGUACUGAGACUGGAUCGAUUGUCGAGCAAUCGGAUAUUAUCUCUCUCCGAGAUGCAAAGAAACGAACUGGUAUAUUUGAGACCUUGGUCUAUGAUAUCAAGAAGAUGGUUUGGGCAUAA